CGACGCACACCGGAUGUCGGCUUCCCUUCACCUCCCUUGUCUUUUUCUUCCGCCAUCUUGCGCCCGGAUUGUCUCGAACGAAAUGCCUGGAGAAGCCACAGAAACUGUCCCGGCAACGGAACAGGAGCUGCCCCAGCCUCAAGCUGAGACAGGUUCUGGAACAGAAUCCGACAGCGAUGAAUCAGUGCCAGAACUUGAAGAACAGGACUCCACGCAGGCCACCACACAGCAGGCGCAGCUUGCAGCAGCAGCUGAAAUAGAUGAGGAACCAGUUAGCAAAGCAAAACAGAGCCGGAGUGAAAAGAAAGCACGGAAGGCAAUGUCCAAGCUUGGCCUUCGUCAGGUCACAGGUGUAACCAGAGUUACUAUCAGGAAAUCCAAGAACAUCCUCUUUGUAAUUACCAAGCCAGAUGUAUAUAAAAGUCCUGCCUCCGAUACCUAUAUAGUCUUUGGAGAAGCAAAGAUUGAAGAUCUCUCUCAGCAAGCACAGCUGGCUGCUGCUGAGAAAUUCAAAGUGCAAGGAGAAGCUAUUUCAAAUAUUCAGGAAAACACACAGACUCCUACUGUACAAGAAGAAAGUGAGGAGGAGGAGGUUGAUGAGACUGGCGUCGAGGUGAAAGACAUUGAGUUAGUUAUGUCCCAAGCAAAUGUUUCCCGGGCAAAAGCAGUUCGUGCCCUAAAGAAUAACAGUAAUGAUAUCGUAAAUGCAAUUAUGGAAUUAACGAUGUAGCCAUCCAGAAAGGACUUUUUGGUGUUACAGAGAAAUGACAGCUGAAUUGAAAAUUUGUACUAUUUCUAUCAGUUAAUAAAAGUGGUGGUUUAAACAGAU